AUGGUGCAAGGGUGUGAACGGAUAAGAGGCUGCCAUUAUCCGUCGCAACGUGCUCACACAAACGGCCGCCCAUACAGUCAGCAGCCUCGGCACGACGCCCGUCGCCAGCUUUGGGACGCAGCUGGCACUGAAAACAACAUUUCCGAUCGUCCUCCGACCUACAAGCAAUCACAGGCCUUAAUUUUGUCAUCACCAGCAGGGCUCCUAACACCCAUAUAUAUUUCCUCAUCCCCGGACCAGAAGACAAAAAAACACACCAUGCUGAAAGUCGGAUUACGCGCAAAACCCUCUUCUGCCUUUAGACCCCUUGCCGUUCGCGGGUUCAUCAAGACCAUCCCACAGCCUCCUGGAAACAUCGUGGGAACCGUGAACGACGCCUAUGUUCCGCCACCCCCACACAAGUUGCACGGAUCGCUCCACUGGACAAGCGAGAGAGUUGUUGCUAUUGGCAUGGCUCCGCUGAUCAUGACGCCUUUUGUGACAGGCACUUCGUAUCCGCUCGUCGACUCCGUGAUGGGGACAUUGCUCCUUUACCACUGCUAUGUCGGAUUCGAGAGCUGUAUCAUCGACUAUAUUCCAUUGAGAGUUUAUGGCAUCUGGCACAAGGUUGCGAUUGGCCUGCUAGGAUUUGGAACUCUUGUUGCAGGAUACGGUGUCUACCUCAUCGAGAAGACCGAAAAGGAAGGAUUAGUGGGUGUUGUGAAGAAGCUUUGGAAGGCCUGA